AUAAUAAAAUUGGCUAACAAGUUAUAAAUGUGUAAAGAGCAAGUAUACAAAUAUUGUUAAAACACGACAGACGAAAAGAAUAUCUGAUAAACACAAACUACCAGUUUACAUUUCAAAUAGAGGCGAUAGAGGACCCAAUAUGUCAGAGGAAUCUAACAAACCCACAAACCCAAUCGAAUUGAAACAUUACAAGUCAACAGAUGAUGGGGAAGGAAAAGAUAACCCCGGUUUUACUUCAUCCUUAGAUUCUUUGGGUGAAAAAGAACAGGGUUUGAGGAAGAGAAAUGGCGUCGACCCUGAAAAUCUCCCACCGGAGUAUAAAUUGCAAGACGAUGAUGAAGUAGAUAACUAUAAUUGUUGUUCCCGACAAGUGCUGAAAAGUCAAAAUGGCGCAAUAUCACUCUGGAACAAUCACAAAACACGGAUAUUUAGACCAUUUUUGGUUUUGUUAUUUUGUGUUUACGUAGUCUAUUUUAUCUAUGCCAUGUACUACCGUUUUGGAGAUGAAGGAUCGUAUCGACUGCUCGGUUAUACAAUUUUAGGGACAGUGCUACUUUUCAUUCAUUUUUGUUGGAAAUAUAUCUCACCAUAUACUACUGUUUUAUCAGAGAAGAUUUCCAGCAACAAAAAUCAAACAGUGAAUAAAGCCAUUAGAUGGUUUUUGUACAUAGCUGCUGUUGUGAUUAUUAUUACUACGUUAAUAGUUUAUGUUGUUUUGGAGAGACCCGAACACCUAGUAUCACUCGGCGGUUUGACAGCUUUUAUUUUACUCACAUAUCUUACAUCUGUCAAUCCAGCCAAG